AAAUCCAAAAUGGUGGACGAACACGUGGAAAGCAAGUAGCGCAAAAAAGGAUUUAUUUCGAUACAAUGGAGACGAAUUUGGAUCGAGAUUUGCCAGGAGAGGUUCGAAGAUUUGUUCGUGAACGUCAAAACAGCCUAGCAAAUGCAUCCAGCUCAACUGAAGUUAUCGAACCUUUGAAUGACAUCGCUGAACUUUUUCUGCGAGGCUCUCUGCAGCCCGGGAAAGUUCCUCUAGAUAAGCGUCCAUCCCUGAAAGCUGAAUUUGUAAACAAUCACUUUUUAAGGUUCGCUGAAUUUAUUCUCUCUUCGCCAGUGAUCGGGUUUUACGGCAGCUUCAAUGAAGACCAAAGAAAAGAUCUUUUUGACGUGUUUUUCCUGCGUGGUCCUUCACACGACAGUCUUCUUGUUUUAGGGGACGCGCUUUCCAAGCAGACAGCGAAUUUAAAAAACACCAGGGUGGUAGUCUCUUUGCUCGAGAAGUUCUGUGCGGAAGGAAGGCUAGUUGAUGUGUUCGUACAACAAUGUCGGAUAUCCAGGCCUUUGACAAGUGGGCCUCAAAAGUUCAGUCAGUCAGAAUUGGAAAGCAAGCUUUGGGGACAGCUUAUAACUUUAAUAGUUUCCCUCCCGCAGAGAGUGGCAAACAAGAUGAGACUGAAGUGCAGUCCACAGUUUUACCCAGAGCCCUAUUUCAAAAUGGUUGCUGAUCAGAUUCUGAAAGCACUAGAGAAAUUGCAUGACAAUCUUACAAUGUCGUAUGAUUGUUCUUUUAAGUUCCUUGGUGAGCUUAUUGGACGGAUUUGCAUGGCUGGGCAAGCCGAAAAAACUUUUGCUAUUUUGUUGCCAGCUUUAGAGAGGUGGCUAGCGACAAGUCCACUUUGGAACAGAAUAUGUGCACGAUUGAUCACUGGGGUUCCAGAUGGCACCAUGGAACAUGUUACAGAAGGUCUGCUCAAGGCAGCUAACAAUCCCAGCUUAAUCGCUAAGCUAUUUGGUGAUUCAAUUCUGUCAAACACCAAACUCAAAUACUUGCUGACCAGUAAGUUUCUACUGAUAAGAAGCUAUUCAAACACAAAUGUUCUGUACAACAUCAUUGCAUAUUUAUCUGGAUGCAAGCGGCGGCAUUUAUUAGUGGAAGAUGAUGAUGAUGAUGAUGAUGAUGACUUGCUGCCAUAUGAUCUUGACGAAGAUGGUGAUACAAGUAGCAAGUCCAACUUGCCUAAGUUCCUACGUGAUUGUAUUGAGGGUCUCAUAGCAUCAGAAGAUCCAUCUAAGACUGAGGCUUCUUUAAGAUCUGUGGAGCAACUUGUUUGUGCUGAGCUGGACGACCUCGAAGAUGUUUGUGUAGAACUAGUGAAAGUGUUGCUUCACCUUGAAGAUCGCUAUUCCACUGAUAAGUUUUAUGAAAUUCGUCACAAUGCAAUGGUGUCUGUGACCAUCAGGUGUCCUCAGCAGAUUGCUUGCUAUUUGACAGAAGAAUGUUUUGCUCCUAACUACAAUUUGCAACAGCGGAUGGACAUGCUGAAUGUUCUCGCUGAUGCUGCACGGCAACUCUCAGCCCCAACAGAAAUUUCCAAAACAAGAGCAGUGCCAAGAAAAUUUCCACUCCCACAAGCAGACUCACUUAAAUCUCUACAAGCUGUUCCAGAGUGGCAAAAGAUUGUUCAAGAGAGAAUUGAAGGAAAAACAAAGAGGAUUAGCAAAGGGCCAUCCUGUCCACAGCCCAAAGGUGUUGUAAAUAAGUUUGCUGGUGUGGCUGGAUUUUUCUUUUUCCCUCUAAUGAAGAACUUUGAUGUGAAAGUGAACACAUUAGACCUACUGGGAGAUGACACGCUUGUCCUUGGCAGGCUUGUUUACACUCUCGGUAUAAUCAUGUACUCUGCUCGGGACACACCUGUAGCAAGGAACAUGGGAGUGGCCUUGUUGGAGUUUACUUGGGCCCUGAAGUAUCACAAAGAACCAUUUGUGCGUCAAGCACUCAUCUUUGCACAGGCCAUGGUUGCUGUUUCUGUUCCAUCGUCGACGCUGAUGAGUGAUGCUCCAGGGGAACUCUUUGAGCUCCAUAACUGGUUGAAGACAACUGUGGAGAGUGAUACUGAUGUUGACAGUGUCAAGGCGGCUUUACAGACUCUAGUUUUGUUAGAAGAAAUCUUUAAGAAUGAAGUUACCCUGCAUGGUUGAUCACAGAAUAUUGUUGUGAUCUACUUAAAGCUACUGGUGCUAAUUUCAUGCACAGUUGACAUGAAAUUUUAAGUUGACAAGAAUUGAGUUACCAGCAUAUGUAGCAUUGGCAAUACAGCAAUAGUAAUGACAUGAUAGAAAAGCUAGCUUUUACAAAUAUUUACAAUACAUAUUCUUGAAACAGGGGCGCAGCCAGGAUUUUAAAAAAAAGGGGGGGAGGUCACACUGGGUCAAAGUGAGGGUACUCACCAGAUUUUCAUGUCAUUCUCU